AUGGCUGACCACCAAAUAAGUGCCGACGCACCUUCAACUCCAGCCUUUCUCCAUCUGGGCGACCUGGAGAAGGCUACAAUACUGGACCCGGGCCUAGACCACAAAGUGCCGUCGACGCCUCCCGCUCAACAACACACAGACUCUGACUCCAAGAUGGCGUCCCGUCGACGGAUGCUGCUAGCCAUUGGGCUCUGUCUCCUACUUCUGCUAGACCAGAUCGCUGCUACCGAAGUCGAGCAUUUUUCGCUCUCAGCCUUGUUGGAGUCGGCCUCGCCCGAAGCUCUUCAUGAGCUUCUGCAAAAAUACUUCCCCCAGCGUUUCCGGCCUGGGGUUUGGCUAUCGGAACAAGAAGCCAUCGAGGCUGUUCACCGAGCCGAUGCCGCGCUGGCAGCUUCGCUGUUGCAACUUGCGAAGCCCAACUUCACAGUCAACUUCGGAGCCGACCACAAGUCGAAGCACAACCACCGAUGGGCCCUCUCCAAGCUCGUCCCAAGGGACAACAACUCCGAGCAGCACACAGAACCCCACGUCGUCUACAACACCUUCGGGAAGCUCAAGCACGUCAAGCACCUCGAGCACUUCCUCAUUUUCCCCUUCGGUGACUUCGUCAACAUCAAAAUCCAGCUCAUCUACCGGAACCACGUUGUCGACAUCGUCUAA